AGAUGCCUUGCAAUCAUUUCAGGCAAAGUGAGCCGAGUAUCUGUGACAUUACAUCAGGCAUCUAUGUAAGGAAACCGGACAACAACUCACCAUGGCCUACGGCUUGCCGAGAAAGAACACAGUGAAAAACAUUUUUCGGGGCAGUUGCUUUAAGGUACAGGAACCAUGGGAUCUCGCACUGCUUACAAAGAGUUGGUACGCAAACCUAGCCGCCAUCAAAUUGCCUUUCUUGGAAGAAAUUGCAUUUGGUAGCCCUAUAAAGCUCGCAGGUCAUAAGGCCAAGGGGACUGGUCUCCUCCCUUCAGCAGAAUCCAUCAGACUUGAAAGGGAAUAUGAACUGAAGCGCCUGAAUGAACUUAAACAUGAAAACGACACAUGUGAGGAAAUGCAACUUAGCCUACGGGAAAGGCCAUUUGGUUUGAGGAGACCUCUUCCACCCGGGGAACGAUCAUCUUGUAACCAAAUCUGUACUCUGCUUCCUCCAUUCAGAAGGGAUGGAAGUCUCUGAAUCUUUCACUAUGUAAAGUUCAGUGCAGACAUACGAAUGCCCACGGGUGGACAAGCCAGUGCCCUUAGAUGUGGUUAGUGGACAGCUCCAACAGAUCUUCGGGGUCCCUGCUAUGCUCUAGUUCCUUUGUACCAGGAGUGAUGGCCUUGUAAGUAGAUGAAAAUGCAUCUGGAGUUGAGUCAUUCGUGCUAUUCAUUUUGAUUUUUAUAAAAUUACAGCAAAGGAA